AUGUCAUUAGCAUCAGAUGAGUUUAAUGAAAAGACAAGGAAUUAUCUAGCAUGGGCAAAAGACAAUGCUAUCGAUAUUAGUCUGAAAAUAACCAUUCAUGACUAUACUUUGCAAGACCAGGGUCGCGGAGUCAUUGCAUUGGAAGAUAUCCUGGAAGGUGAAGUAAUAGCUACAAUACCGAAAUCGAUUUUACUCAAUGUCACUCAAAACUCCCUCAUUACCAAAUAUCCUCAUUUGCAAUAUAAGCUUUUACAUUUAGACCACUGGGAUGCCCUUAUUAUAAUACUUUUGUAUGAACUUCAGUGUGAAAUCGAGAGCAAAUGGAAGGCAUAUUUACAAGUAUUGCCAAGACAGAAUUUCAAUCAACUCAUAUUCUGGUCCGAUGAUGAGCUUAAUCUGUUACAACCUUCUUUUAUAUUAGACCGUGUAGGCAAAGAUUCAGCAAUGAAGAUGUUUGAACGAAUAUCAAAGGUUAUUAAUGAAUUGGGGAUUAAGGAAUUGGAGAAUGUUUGUUUUGAAAAGUAUAAUGUAGUUGCUACACUAAUCAUGUCGUAUUCAUUUGAUGUGGAGACAACUGAAGAGGAAGAGGCAAAAAUAGAGGAAAAAUUACUAGGUGGUAGAACUGGUGAAGAGAAGGAAGAAGAGGAAAUGGAUAAAGAUGAUGAAGAGAAGGAAGAAGAAGAAAUGGAUAAAGAUGUUGAAGAGAUGGAGCAAGUAGCAAUAAUAUCAGAUGGGUACAUUAAAUCAAUGGUUCCAUUUGCAGAUGUAUUGAACGCAGAUACUAACUACAAUAACGCCAUUGUUUCCGACUCCGAUGACAAUUUAAUCAUCACGACGAUAAAACCGAUCCGAAAAGGGGACCAGGUAUACAAUACUUACUCGGAGCACCCGAAUUGCGAGAUAUUACGAAGAUAUGGCUAUGUCGAAUUGGAAGGAUCUAAAUUUGACUUUGGUGAGAUCCCAUUGUCCACCAUUAAACAAUUUUUUGUACAAAAAUAUAGCAUUUCAGAGAAGGACCUUAACUCACUAGUGGUUUGCAUUAGCGUCAUUUCUUCUCAAGAGCGGAUGGAUGAACAUUCCGAAGAUGGCACAUUUGACAUUGUGAUUGAAUCAUAUGACUGUUUCAAAAGCGGAGAAGUAAUAAUAGAGCUUAUACUCUUUCUCCAGCUCCUCACUACAUUUCUUUUACUUGAUGAAACAAAAGUCGAGCCCAGUAUAGUUCGUAAAGUGUAUCAACUAAUUGGAUCGGAAAAAGUAACUCAUGAAAUGGUUGAAAAUCUUGGUGAGAUUAUCAGCCUGAGACUAGAGGAGUACCCAGACUUUGCGUCAGAAGCAUUUGAAACGAAUAUUAGUAAGCUAAAUAGAGAAACCAUGGCGAAAAUCGCAUUGAAAUCAGAGUAUCAAUCACUUGCGCUAUGUAAAGAAGAUAUCAAAGGCAAUAUUGAAAAGACAUUGGGUGCACCAAUCAAGAUCAUUAGUGACGAAAAAUUCAUCCGUGCAAUAAAGAAGAAAAGACAGCCACCAGAGGAUACUCUGGCAAUGAAGAAACAGAAGAAGAACAGUUAG